GCAAGAAAUUUUCACUUUCGCAAAUUCAUUUAAAAAUAUAAGUGAAGUGUUUGAAAAAGAAUUUAAUAAUAAAGUUUGAAUUUCAAUAUGCAGUUUUUAAUCAAGUAUUUAAAAUUAUUUUUAUUGUUUGUGUUUAUUGGGAAAUCCUUUGGAAAUCCUGUUGGCAAUACCUGCCCAGCGUCCAGUGAGGGUUUUUGUUUGAGCAUGACGCAGGAUGACGAAUGUUGCUUUGACAAUUUCUACAAAUGCUGCAAAUUUUACUCUUUCAAAUCUCCUGACUUUUACAAGUGCAUUAAAGACUGUGAUGACGAUGAACAAGUUACUGAUUAUCCUGAUAAUUCUCAUGAUUACCAUGAAUACAAAGGACCUACGGUUUAUACCAAACCAAGUUAUGGGCAUACUGGCUACUCUGAAUAUAAUAAUAGGAUGGAAAAUGUCUACUGCAAAGACGAAUGCUGCCGUUACUACUUCAAAUCCUGUGCUCAUAAAUUCGCUCUUGGUUACAAAUACUUUAGGAAUUGCAUUGAUACUUCCUGCAAACAUGGACUUCCACCUCAGCAACAGAAAUAUCAGGAGACUCAUCAAGCAUUUCCAGUGAUUUGCAAUCAUUAAUGGAAUUAAUGCAGAGUGAAAUAUUAAAAAAAAAAUAAAAGAAAAAUGGUAAAACAACCAUAUUAAUAAUAAAAUCAGUGGAUUGGUAUUUGUGCUUGGGUUUUGUUUUGUCAAUAUUUUAUUUACAAUCUAUUAUAUUUUGUUUUUCCCACUAAAUGUAUUACUGAUGGAAAUAAAUUUAGGAAAACCAAA